AUGCCGACGAGAAGGACGCACAACAAGACGAGAUUGGGGUGUCGCCAGUGCAAAAGAAGACGAAUCAAGUGUGAUGGAAAGCAUCCGACAUGCGCAAACUGCGAUAAGAAGGGCGAAUCAUGCAGCUUUCUUCAGCUCGUGCCAACAUCAUGGCUUACAGGACCAGUGUCGUCAAAAGGAACGGCGAUCUCAGCAUCAUCGUCUCCCGAAGUCUCUUACAUACAAGGACUAUCACCAGAUCCAAAAGGCACUGAAAUCGAAGCUACAGAGACAAAAAGCUCACCGCAGACAUUGUCGCCUACUGGUAGUCUGUCAAGCUCGGCCCCACUAUACCUUCGACUUAACGAUGUUUGGAAAGACAUUCGAGACCCAUUGCCUCCGUCACUACAGGAUGUUUUGUAUCACUACGAGUAUACAACGAGUCUGACGUUGGCUACCGACGACCCUGCUAAGGCAGCAUGGCAGACAUGUGUUCCUGAGAUGGCUCAUGCACACGAUUUCCUCGUCAACUGCGUGCUCUCAGUUGCCUCGCUACACCUUGGCAGAAUCCAUGGGGAUAGGACACAGAGGGCCAAUAUGAAUGCUGUGGCAGCAUCGAGGAUGAACAAAGCGUUGACAACAUAUCGACCUCAACUCGAAAACAUCAAUGCAGCGAAUGCGGCAGCACUUUUUGCCAGCUCGACGCUCACAGCGGUCUACUUGUUCCGUACAUCAGCUCUAGACAUUGAAGCGUUACGCGAGACGAUCCAAUAUGGCACUGUUUUACCUCCCGCUGGUGUUGUCGACAAGAUGAUGGACUGCAUAUUACGCACCGUCUGGGGCCUUCGAGGUCCACUCACAGUUCUGAUGAGUGGUUGGAAUCAUGUCGUGAAUGGGGCGAUGUACCCCGUUGCAGCACGUAAUUGGUGGCCAAGACGCCGCACCCCUGCCACGCCCCGUGCUGAGGAAGAGGAUCGACGGCUACAAGACAUCGAUAAGCUCUGGAGAGACACAGACAAAACUUGCGAACCACAAACACCUCAUCUCGACCAAGCCCUUGGCUAUCUACGGGAGGCAUACGCACUUGUAUCACAGCUUACACUGCCUGGUGUCUUCCCUCCAAUGACGGCUGUGCCUUACGCAGUCGACGAUGAGACGACUGGUGUACUCACAGAUCGCGGCGCUAUCUUCGUUUGGUCUACACGCAUCUCGCGUGAAUUUAUCCAGCUCCUCGAGAACAAAGACCGUGAUGCUCUCGUUAUCCUUGCUCACUACGCUGUGCUGCCAGGCCGAGUGCGUAACGUUUGGUGGCUAGAGGGUCUCGGGGCCGACUUCGUCACUGCUAUUGCCAUGGCAAUUGGUAUUGAGAAUUGGCACCUGAUUGAUUGGCCAGCGCAUGUUGUUGGCGUCGAUCUGUGGAACGCCUUCGGCAUCAGGCAGGACCGACUUCAGGGCAAGCCUGACGAGAUGCACAUGGACGUGAUUUGA